AAGAUAUCAAGCAUGCAAGGGUCUAAACCACACCAUUUGCUUUCCCUUCCCCUUCUCUCUUCCGCCCCCUCCCGGAUCCCCUUCCCACAUCACCCCAUGGCUGCCGUCCGCCGCCUCUCCCUGUCGUCCUCCGCCGCCCCCCUCCGGCGGCUCCUCAUCCUCCGCCCCUUCUCCUCCUCCUCCGCCGAUGACCAGCGGGUCCUCACGGUGGAGACCAGCCUCCCCUUCAUCGGCCACAAGAUCGACCCUCCUUCCCGCUCCGUCGACACCACCCCGAACGAGCUCCUCUCCUUCUUCCGCGACAUGUCCAUGAUGCGCCGCAUGGAGAUCGCCGCCGAUUCACUCUACAAGGCCAAGCUCAUCCGCGGCUUCUGUCACCUGUACGACGGCCAGGAGGCCGUCGCCGUCGGUAUGGAGGCCGCCAUAACCAAGCGAGACGCCAUUAUCACCGCCUACCGCGACCACUGCAUCUACCUCGGCCGCGGCGGCUCCCUUGUCGAGUCCUUCACCGAGCUCAUGGGCCGCCGCUCCGGCUGCUCCAGGGGGAAGGGCGGGUCCAUGCACUUCUACAAGAAGGACUCCGGUUUCUACGGCGGCCACGGCAUCGUCGGCGCCCAGGUCCCCCUCGGCUGCGGCGUUGCCUUUGCCCAGAAGUACUCCAAGGAUGAGAACGUGACCUUCGCCAUGUACGGCGAUGGGGCUGCCAAUCAGGGGCAGCUCUUCGAGGCUCUCAACAUCUCUGCGCUCUGGGAUCUGCCCGUCAUCUUGGUGUGCGAGAACAAUCACUAUGGAAUGGGGACGGCGGAAUGGAGGGCGGCAAAGAGCCCUGCAUACUAUAAGAGAGGGGAUUAUGUCCCUGGUCUGAAGGUUGAUGGGAUGGAUGCUUUUGCUGUGAAGCAAGCAUGCAAAUUUGCUAAAGACUACGCUCUGAAGAAUGGACCCUUGAUUCUUGAAAUGGACACUUACAGGUACCAUGGUCACUCCAUGUCGGAUCCUGGGAGUACCUACCGUACCCGUGAUGAGAUUAGUGGUGUGAGACAGGAGCGUGAUCCAAUCGAAAGAAUUAGGAAGCUAAUAUUAUCCCAUGAGCUAGCCACUGCUGCUGAGCUCAAGGACAUUGAGAAAGUAGUGAGAAAGGAGGUAGAUGAGGCCAUUGCUCAGGCCAAGGUAACCACCAAAUUGGGAACAUUGACUAAAAUGUUAGACAUCUCAUUGCAACUUUGUGCUUUGCAAAUCUUAUUUUCUCCCUUCCCCAUUUUUCAGGAGACCCCUAUGCCUGAUCCUUCCGAGCUAUUUACUAAUGUCUAUGUGAAAGGUUUUGGUGUGGAGGCAUUUGGUGCAGAUAGGAAAGAGGUAAAAGCCUUUCUUCCGUGAAGCAAGGCCACACAUCACUGCAAGGAAAUUCUUCUCACAGAGGCUCAAUAAUAAAAUUGAAUGGAAAAUUCAUAGACUUUUGGUGUAUUUCUCGACCAUUUGAUUUGUAUAGAGUUUGAUUUCGCUUUCUGAUUGAGGGUGUUGUAUUUGCCCCUAAUGCAUUUUUACACCCAUAACGUUUCAUUUUUCCUUCUUUUAAAAUUUGAGUGCAAUGCAAAAAUUUCAUGUUUGGAUUGGUUGGAAUACA